UGCAUCCAUAUUGGGAUUAUUCGAAUUGACUGGCGGUGUGUCUGCCUCAUGACCCGCAAGUUCAGGGUUUGUGAAUCCGCUGGAAGGACACAUGACGAACAUGUAGGCCUGGCUGGCGAUGCGAACAGCCCUUCGGGCGGCCUGGCAACACGGACCCCAAUGCCACUCUCAGACAUCCUCUCUGCUGCUGGCCGGGCAGAGUGA